AUGGGCCCCGGGGAGGAGAAACUGAGGAAGGGGAGGAAGUACGUGCUGCGGAAGGAGGAGAAGUGCGUGGGAGAGAGUCUACGUGUGCCUGCGGGUGGCCGGUGUAGCUGCGCCCGUGACUCACAGCAGUGGCCUCUGAGAGUGACGGCGACUGACAAACAGGUGAGCCUACGACACAAUCCCUCCCUCCCGGGAUCCGUGACUCACCGCGCCUCCCUCUACGCUCAUCCCUCCACUCCCUCCCUGACCCGCGCCGGCCGGGGGCGCCCGGCACACGCCGCAGCUCCCGCAGCCUCCCCGAGGGGGGAGCCCGAGGAGGAAGGCGACAAAUGUCACCUGCUCCGGCUACGCGAGGAACUUCUGAAAAGUUCUCAGGGGUUACCGCGGCGGGCGGGGGAGGGGAGCAGAAAACCUGCGACUCCCGCCGGCCGGGCCCCCGGCCCCCGACUCCGGCCGCGGCACGCCGUCAGAGCCGGGCAGCUCCAGCCCCCGCGCCCGCUCAGGGUGCCGGGGAGUGAACCGCAGGAGGCAGGAGCGGCAGUGCCACUCGCGCUGAAUGCCCCCUCCCCAAAGUCCCGUCCUGCCGGGCCCGAAGCCCCUCGGCGCUCACCUGCAAUCCGGACGCUCGCGGAGGACAACGACGCGACCCGCGUCCCGGCCGGGGACCACCCCGCGCCGCGACUCUGUGCGCUCAGCCAAGCAGCCGUCGGUCUAGCCGCCCCUCGCUCUGCGCGUCCGGCAGCGGCAGCGGCGGCGGGAGACUGGCUGCGCCCAGCCCCGCCCGCCGCUCCGCCCUCCUCGUCAGUGGAAAACUCCGGGGCUCACUGCGCUGACGCACGCCGGGCCUCCAGCCAGGCCGCCCAGCAGCCCCGCCCCGGAGGCGCCGCCUCCUCCCCCGCCUGGAGCCUGGCGCAGCGGCCUGGGGGCCUCCCUGCGGACUCUGACCCCGCGACUGCGCCUCCGCCGCUCUCCGCCCCCAGCCCUCUCCCGCCAGCGCCCUCCCCGCCCCGCUUCCAGCACCGUCCCUAAAGGCGCGGACGACUCGAGCCGGCAGAGCCGAGCGUUGAGAUCCCCACCUCGCCCCACCGCCCCAGUUUACAGAUGGGUAGACUGAGCACCUCGUAACUCUGCAAGGCCACAGGCUAGACAGUGGCAGAGCCGACAUCUCCUGUACGCUCUCCACCCCCACCCCUCUAGAGGGAGUUUAUUUUAUUCCAAUCUAAAAGUUCCCUCCUCCGCCCCCAACCUACCACCCACCCCCAGAUCCGCCGGAAAAGUAAACUGUGGCUGGAGAGGAAUCUGGGGUGUGUGGGGAGCGGGGAGACAGGGAGCGGGAAGGAUGGAUGUAAUCAGUGGGCCUGAACUGACCCUUCCCUGCAAAGUUCCAAACUAGGGGUUCUUAGAACUAGCUUCCCCACUCCCACCUCAACCUUCCCUUAAAAAAAUAAAAAGGCUAGUUUCUUCCGGGCCAGAUCUUGGCCAUUUAAAAUGGCCCACUGCCUUCUCUGCUCCCGCCAAGGCCUUUCCUGACUCGGGGCCAACCCUUCCGGUACGACAUGCCCCAGCAACAAGUCCUGGCCUGGGAGCCCACCCUCAGCCCCACUUCCCAACCGCAGGUACGAGUCUACUCAUCACCUCGAGCGUUUCCACCCUCACGCUUUUACUGCAGCCGGUCUUCUCGACUGGAAUGCUCUCCUGCCGUCUCUUUGCUUACCAGAAUCCCAAUGCCUUUAAGGGCUCAGCUUGCACUGCCUCCUCCAGGGAGCCUUCGUGGGAGCCUGACCCUCCCCCUCCCGGUCCUGCUCCCGCUGCAUUCUGGGUUCUUCUGACUGUCCUAGAUGAAUGCUGUCAGCCACUAGCCCAGCCCUCAGGAUUCCAUUCUACCUUCCUCCAGGUUGGGGGUGGGGGUGACCUCCUGGCCUGCUUGGAUGGCAUCUGCGGUGGAGUUGAUGCUUUUCAAUCUGUAAAAUGGAGGCAUUGGACAAGAGAACCCUCACCAGCUUCAACAUUCCUUGACUCAGUUUCUAGAAGAUGCUGCCUGCUUAUCACGGAACUGGGCAGAGUUGGGCACUAGUCUCUCAUGCUGCCUACGUUUGCAUCCUGUUGGGUUGUAUGUUGGGGAAACCAGACGAGUCAGAAAUCAGGGUAGGGAGUUUGCUGGUGAGGGCUGGAGUGGCGCUUAGAGUGGGGAGCCCAGUGGAAGAGAAAGAGAGAACAAGGGAAAAUACAGGAGAAUAAAAAGAAUCAAGUGACGUGUGUUCUCCAGAAAAGCAUCUCCCCAUCCUGGGAUGGACUCACCAGAUGUUCCCCAGAUGUUGCUGAUGAUGGGAAACAUCUCCCUCUGGGAUCCCAAGUAAACUCUUCUUAUUCAUGGGGAAAAGAAAGGUCUGUUCCAAAGCAUUAAGGGUGGGGUCUGGAGCAGCAUCCAUCUGUGACUAUGGCACAUAUAUAGGCAGAAACACACCCACAUAUCCUCAAGGAAUUUCUGAAUACUUGGAAGAGUCCUAAGUUUCUCCAACAUUCAGCAUCCAUGAACCACCAAUUUUAGGUAAAUAAAAAUUAUCACAAGUUUUAAAUAAAAUUUUUUAAAAUUAAAAA